AUGGAGCUACCACUCGAGCCCCCAACCCGACCGCAUGCAUCCGACGAAGUGAUCGAGUGCUGGGACGACGAUGAUGAUCUGCAAUUCAGCGAGGGUCUGCAAUUCCGGACCGCCUCCAGCACCGGCUCGCUCGUCAAUUGUUCGUUUCGCCCGUCCGGACACCGCGACUCCAUCUCAUCGCGUCUCUCCGCUCGCUCCGAUCUAGAUUCCAACCUGGGCGAGGAGGACUGGCAAGUCUUGCUGCACGACAACGACGACCAUGCCAAGGAAGAGGCGUUGGCCUCGGCCAAGCAUGCCGGCAUUCCCAUUCCCUCCAAUAUUCCUAGUUCGGCCCUCAUUGGAGGUGCCAUCAAACGUCUCUCAGCUCGCAAAUCCAAACGCACCUUUGUGGACGACUGGUCGGAGGAUGUCGAGCUCCCCAGCCCGGACGCGGUGCUGGAACUCAAGACGCCACGCGAGAAUACCUUCCCGGACACACUACGACACCUCGCAUCGACGGCCACCAGUCCCGUGAAACCCUCCACCGCUCCCAAGUGGGACAUUGACCUGUCUAACCGAUUACAGGCCGCUUUUGUGCCUCUGUCACGCUUCCGGGAUGAAGACGAGAUCGACGUCGAUCUGGACGUGCCAACGAUUAAAGCGCCCGCGCCUCGCUCUCCCAAGAGGACAGCCGAGUCCCUCGUCCAAUCAUCGCCUGCGGAUGACCACGAUGCUGAUGACUUUGACGAUGAUUUCGAACUCCCCACGGACAAUCAACCUCUGCAGCUGAGCCACCAGAAGCCCCGUGCCGAGGUCUUGAGCCCCGGCUUGGACGACUUCGAUCUGGACUGGUCCGAGGGCAGUAUCGGUGUUCGUAUGGGUGGGACGACCCGGGACGGGCGAUCCCUUCCUAGUUCUUCCAUCUCCAUCGCCAGUCCCAGCGUCUCCAGCUGUCUCACCGCUGAAAGCGAGGAGGAUGGUCUGGACGGAAUCUUGUUCCCAGAGGGUCAAGUGGACUUUCACGCUUCGCUCCGGCGUCGACAAGAAGCCCAAACGGCUCCAGAAUCUACUACGGGACAGGGAAGGUCGGCGGAGAGACCAGUUACGCCACCGGCAGAGGAUAAUGAUUUCUUUUCUGGCAUUGAAGUUGAACAUGGCAGAGUGUUUGGACAGGGGAAAAUGAACCUCAACCCCAACGUCAAAUGUAAAACAGAAUUGCCCACCAGUCCCACUCGUCGGCCAGCGACCACCCUCACAUUCACCAACACCGUCGGCGAGUCCUCUCCAAAGACUCGAAUCCCUCGACUAUCCGGUCAUGAACGCCCGCGCUCGACCCAUCUGGAGACCGUCUCCGAGAGUGGUGCGCCGCUCUCCAGGUUUCGCAGCUCCCAAUCUCGACUCGGUCACUCCGCACAGUCCUCCGUGUCCAGUAUGCCCGCAACGGGUACCAAGUCCCCAUCACCCACGCCCAGUCUAUCCAGUCGAAAAAUUCUUGGAUCACGUACUCCCAAAGAGUCUCCCUCCUUCCCCUCCUCCUCCUCCUCCAACUUCGAAGAACGCCGGCCCUUAUCGCGCCAGCUUCGCACAAAGAGGUCCUUACCUUCCAUCCGCGGAGCCGCGUCGUCCGCGUCUUCGUUGGCAUCCCAGCAGACUCCUCCAUCGUAUGCCGGCGGAUCCACACGUAUCUCCCUCCCCCGACCGAAGACUCCCGUGGAACGGACCGUGACCGUGACCCAAGAGGGACGGGGCUCAAUCCGUCGAAGCCAAGGGCCGUACCUGUCCACUGCUGCCUCUGAACGGCGAUCUCAGAAUUCCUCUCUCCACAGUUAUCGUCCUUCCCGUCGAAGCAACUCGGACAGCUCGGGCGAUCUGCUUGGAACGCAAGGCCCAUUUACCUCCCGAUUGUCGCGACCAUCGCGUCCCGAGAACUUGCGAUUGAGUCUAGACGAGACCCGCACAGAUCACCCGGGAUCCAGCAGCAGCCUCACCACGAAGAAGCGAACCUUGACGAAACCGACUCGACGACGCCAUUUCGGAGAUGGCACAGAAUUAGAGGUCUUUGAUGAUCUCCCCACCUCAGCGUCGCUCGAGAGCAAAUUCACCAAGAACCCUGCUGGGCGAGGGGCCCCUCGCACCGCACGGGCUCGUCUCAGCCAAAGCCGCAUUACACCUCCUAUUGAAUCUCCUACCGCGCAAUUCACCCAAUGGAGCCCUCCGUCGGCUACCAAGCCGCUCAAGACGACUCCGCGCUUCGCUCAGGACACCAAUGCAUCUCGGAAUGCACGUGAGCAGCGGAUUGCCUCGCUGAACUCGCGUAGCCGAGACCAGAGCACCCCACUGACCUCGUUGACGUCGAAUUGGAAACCCCACUCGGCUGUCCCGCGCGUUUCACCUGGUUCGGCGUCUGUACGAAGCCGCAAGACCAAACCCGUGACCAAGUCUUCGUCUAAACCCCAGCUGAUCAAGCCUCUCGGGUCUGGAGUGCAUGAAACGAAAUCCGUGCGAGGGAUGCGGUACAACCCAUCGACGUACCGUUGGGAAGGCAAUGAGAACUUGAUCCAUGACUUUGACACGGUGGCUGCGCCUAAAUCACCGAAACCGGCACCGGCUCUCAUCGCCAACGUGGGUCCGUUACAUAACGUCCAGUCGGUCGGCGGGAUGGUCUUUGAUCCUCAGCGCAUGUGUUGGCUCAAAGCAUCUGCUCUGAAACCGGGGGUUGCCGGUAGUGGACCCCUCGACGACGAGGAGGAUGUCUUUGCUGGGUUGGAUGACCUGGAGGAUGACAAGACUGCUGCUCCCACUCGCCGCAACUCGGGCACGAUGGGCAACCUGUCGCCCAACACGCCUGGUGGCGAAUACGGCAGUGCAGGCGAGUCAUCUGACGAUUGUCCCAUCACGGAAGAAUUUGAUGUUGGACCAGAGUUCAUUCGACGUCAGCGUGCGGAGGAAGAGAAGUGGAGACGGAAGGUGGCGAGAUGGGUUGGGCCUGCUCGAGGCGCUGACGACCAGCAAUGGCGCUGGACCAUUCGCGAUCUGGUGGCCGAGGAGAUGGGACAUUUGGUUGCAUAG